AUGUCGUUUCUUCCACCAGCUGAUGUAAAGAAUCUACGACUCGUCGACCACAGGUUUUCGCCAUUGGCCACACGACGGCUAUUUCGCCGCACUCGAUUGCUGGCCCGAGCAAAAGACAACAAUGACCCUCAACGUUUCAUACAGCUCGCCAAUUCUGAGUUGAGUGGACUUGUCCGCGAAGUCAGCUGUGAUGUUUCCAGCAUAGUAAACAAUGGAUAUUACUAUAUGGAAAAGGACCAAUUCGAGUUUCUUCCUGUCUUCUGGGAUGCCUUGCCCCUUCUUGCUCGCUUUCAAAAUAUUCAAACUCUGCAUCUGUGUUUUGAUGCCAGCUUCGCAUUGCGAGAUUUCAAAGCAGGUUCCAGUCAGUUCAGAAAUAAGGUGUUGAAGACCAUUUUUCGCGUUUUGUCGGGAACAUUCACCGAGGAAGUGUCAAACGCCUCUGAUACACUUUCUGGUGCCACAAUCGAGAUUCCACCUCAGGGCACACUGCCAUCUCCGAUUACUCUAUCCACUCUCAUAAUAUCCAAUUUGGGAGAUUACCAUGAUCCGGGACUCACGAACAUGCCUGAGUUCAAAACAGCCAUGAUGAACAUCAAGGCCUUGAGGCUUGACAUAGCGCAGUACAAGGAAGGGAGGGCAGAGGGAUUCUCAGAAACAACCGCGUUUCCAAAUCAAUGCCAGGAGAUGUUCACUCAGCUACCUUAUACUUGGCUGUCAUCUGCGGUCUCCGCCCAUCUACAGGUCCUCUCGCUGCAUUAUCAGUCCUUUUGGGGUUGGUUUCCUAACAUUGAUAUACGCCUCAUCAGUGGCAGAAACGGAAUGCCCAAGCUCAGGAGCCUUACUUUGGGGUGCUUUAUCUUCAGCCAUCAGCGUGAGGUAGACUGGAUAACUUCUUUAGAUCUUGAGGAGCUUUUUCUCGAAGGUUGCGCCGUCCUAUCCAAGCACGUUGGCCAUCCAACCACGCAGAAGGGCUUCUGGACUGAUGGCCACGAGUUACCUGCAACAACCAAGGUUGGUGGACAGGUGGAGAGGACUGAUUUGUGGUGGCAUGAGAUCAUUUGGCAAAUUCGCAGCUCUAUGCUGAACCUCAAACGAUUUUGCAUAUUAAAGCAGCCGGAUCUUUAUGACCAUUAUCAACCUUUUUACGACGUAAACAGCCAUCUCGGUCCCGAGCUUUCCCUAGACGAGAGAAUGGAGCACGGUAGAGAUCUCUGGCGAGAAUUCAGAGCCCUCAGCAAAAAGAACUGCCUGCCUUGGAACCCGUCGUUUCAGCACUUUACAUGUGCCACGUCGCCCAAGUUAUGCCUCGAAUCAGACGUGUUUCUUUACUCCCAUUCCGAUUGUUCUACGAAAUUUAUUACACGUUCGUCCGAAAGCAAUUAUUUUUCUCACGGUCCCACAUACAUGGAGCAGGCCUCAUAUGAUCGGGGUUUGUUUGACGUCGAAGUUGAACCGGUAAUCAGGAGCAUGAACAAAUUGGCGAGGAUCGAGGUUGUCAUACUACAUUCUAUGUUGUCCAAGAAAAGGAAAAAGGAGCAUAUGGGCGCUGAAAAGUUGAGGCUGGCCCAGAAAAUGGGGCUCCAUGACACAAAUGAAUAUAUGGAAGGCGUACUGCGCCCUCUGCUUACGUCUGAUGAGCGGAUCCUCCUCGAGUUGAUAUUGCAUCUUUCAGACAGUGAAUAUAUCCCAGCAACAUGA